CAGCAUGUCGAAUCCUGAAUUGCUGCAACGUUCGCAACGUUCGGCAGUGCAUUUUCCCACGGGAGCAUCCAAUGGGUUCCUAAUAGCGAUUGCCAUCCCGCUGGAAAUUCCCGGCAGGACUAUCUUUCUGUCGCACAAUUUCGAAAUGAACUAUGCCCUGCCGACUAGUGCAACGCAGUUUCGGUUGUGGUACGACCUGUUCAAGAGUUCCCGGUACAACAUCGCCGAUGCAGUGCGUCGGAAGCGUAGCAUCGCGGAUGCGAGUAAAUUCAGCCGGAGGUUCGUGUACGAGCUGCUGGCGGAACGAAUGGAUUUGUACGGCUACAAUGGGACUGCCUGUAUUCAUAAGGCAAUUUGUGAAACGUAUGAACUGCCAUUAAAUCAUCACAAUGGAGUGCUCGGGGACAUUGCACAUAUUGUUUUCAGCCCUUCUGCUUCUGAGGACGAGGACAUUCCCCGGUCGUACUAUCAGGCGGAAAGCGAUGGAUAUAUGGAAAACUGUGCGCAAUAUAGAAACUACUGUCCGAUUGGGAUAUUUGAUCUAGUCACAGUAGUUACAUAUGCUUAA